AUAAAAUAAAAACUAAAGUAAUUUUCCUCCAAGCUGAGACUUAUGUUAAAAUUCAAAGAAAACAGCUCUAUAAAAAUAUAAUUUUUAGUUAUCGUUAAGAGAGAAGUAAGAGAUCGCUUCGUGAGAUUUUUUGAUAGUGCAGAAAAUGUUUAAAUCCUUGUUAUAAAACCAAACUAGAGAAAUUCAAGAGAUAUUUUUUGAAUAUCGCGCGAUUCUGUAAGUUCGAUGAUCGCCAGAAUGCAUCUAAACGUAUUGACGCUCCUCAUUUUAUCAUAUUUACAACUGAUACUUGGAGACAAUUUAACUAAAUUGAAGUGCUCAUCCCUAAGAAAGGGACAAUAUAGAUGCGACGAACCUCUAAUUGAUCCAGAGAGACAAGCCGCAGAUAAUUGUAACGAGGAAACAAGAACAUCUAGGGUGUGGUGUUAUCCAGUAGAAAAUAUAUUAUGCGAUGGGAAAGUUCAUAAUGGCUCUACAAGAGGUUUUCAAAUGACUGUGCCUUGUAAAUGGACAAAUGGCAAAAGAUUUGAUACAGCCUUAUUAUUUUCUAUUUUUCUUGGAAUGUUGGGAGUUGAUAGGUUUUAUCUAGGCUAUUCAGCUAUAGGUACAAUUAUUUAAAAUAGAUUGCUUACGGAUAAUCUACUUAUGCUUGUUAAUUUUCCAUUUAGGUUUAAUCAAGUUAUGUACUCUUGGUUUAAUGUUUGUUGGUCACUUUGUUGAUGUUCUCUUAAUUGCUCUUCAGGUAGUAAAACCAGCAGAUGGAUCUGAUUAUGUUAUAGAUUAUUACGGAGCAGCACUUUAUCAGCAGUCAUCUAAUAACUAUACUUAUAAUAUUACCUGAAAUUUUAAUAGAAAGAAAUAAGACAAAGAAAAGGAGGAUACUGUUUUUUUCUUCGGUCUUUUCUUUUGACAAAAGUGGGGAAAAAAAUGCUGACUGAAUAUUUGUUUGUUUUCUUUUCAUAUCUCUGUAUAAUUUCACAUUUUAAAGCAAAAAACAACUAUAAUAUAAAAAUGAUUUUUAUUAUGUGAGAAAUAAGAAUAAUACUGAUUUUUUUUAUUAACUAAGCCU